ACGUUAGUUUUUCCUUCCUGGUUGUACCAUCUUUACUCUAAACUAGUCAAUGGUAACCAGUCACACAAUAUGCUGUUAAGUAUUGUCGUGGUGUAUUUAUUGGUUCAGGAGAGUGUAGCCUGUUGGAGCACAACUGACUGCCUUCCUUGCCAAAACACAACGGUAAGCGAGCCCACACUGACUCAGCAACAGACAAAUGCGCUGUUCAAUCUCUCUCAGGAACUGGAUUUAUUGUCGUAUCAAGAGCUGCAGGAAAGAGUUUAUAAUACAGCUGAGCCGCCAAUACACCUUUCAGAUGAACAGAUUAUUGAAUUGAUUAAUUAUUUUCACGAUCUUUUUAAGAAAAGGGAAGAGCUCAAUUCUACUGUUACAGCUAUCAAUGAACAAACAGUUAUCAAUUCAACCGAUGUAAACGUAUGUUCUUCUGUCUUUGAUGUAAAAAUAUAUAAUCUAGCAUUGGACAAAUUUGGCAAAGUGGUAUAUGUUCCACAACUUGUAAAAUAUGACCUCUACCAAGAAUUUGUGGAAGGUCUGUGCACAGGCACAGAAUGCGUGUCAUCAGCGUCAUGCAAAUGUAAGACUGCACUGUCCGAUUUGGGCAGAAGUAUAGUCACCUAUAUUGGGAGUGGAGAUCCAAAGUUUUACACAACUUGGAUAAAAUUGAAUUCCUGUACAGCUUACAUAGAUGCGCCUGAGUAAUAAUAUAGCGGUAUAACUGAGAAAAAUUGCUUACAUUAUUGUAAAAGUAAGUUUUGGAAAGCUCAAUUUGUGUUUCGUAAGCUAGUACUGUAUGUGGCCAUAGAGUCUCAUUAAAGAAUAAAUAAUAGUAAAAAAAGAUAUUACUUCACUGUUUAGUAUUGUUUAACAGAUAUUUUUAGUUGCAUUUAAUUGAUGUUAAAGUUGUACUUUCUUGCUAUUUGUUAAUUUGUUACUGUAUAAAUAUGAAAUAAUUAGAUGUUGAAUGAUAAUAAUAAUAUUAACCCUAAAUACAGAUUGAAUAAACGUCAUUAGAAAAAAAAAAAAA